AUGCUGCCCGCGACGAUUCUCUUAUGCAUUGCAGCCACCCUACCUCCCUCCCCGGACCUGGGUCACGACAUCAUGUACUGGGGGUGUUCGGGCGACGAUCGUUUCACCACUAGUUCGGCCUACAACUCGUUGACUAGGCCACAGCUCGAGAAUUCUGGGCGCAUUUGGAAAGACGUUUGGAGCUGGUCGGGCCCCCAAAGAAUCCGUCAAUUUAUGUGGCUUGUUGCUAAAGGUCGUUUGCUUACCAACGAUGAACGCUAUAGACAUCAUCUCGCGGAGAGUGCUACUUGUGUACUGUGUGGCGCUGCACGUGAGACGAUCCUUCACUGUCUCCGUGACUGUCGACACGCGAACCAGACAUGGCGUCGACUGCUCCCGACUUAUCAUCAUACUUCCUUCUUCUCAUUAGAAGUGACUGACUGGCUGCGUCAUAAUAUCCAAAAUCAGCUGCAUGUUUCAAGUGGGAAAUUGGUCAUGUAUCUUCGGAGUCACGUUAUGGAACAUCUGGCGCGGAAGAAAUUCAUAUAUCUUCGAAAACACCGGGCUGAAUAUUCUGGGACGGGUGAUGGCAAUUGA